GUUCUCUCUGGUGCACCUCUCUGCAUGCAAGCUUGAGACUCACAGGCGGCAGGCCCCUUCUCGGCAUUGCGUGCAUGGUCGGCGAGGCAUCUGCAAUCCUCAGAAGCUGAAUUCAGCAAUGGCUGCCGCUUCCCUGAAGGCGUCACAGAGCUCCUGGGUGCUUUGCCGAUCUGCAACUGCGUCUGCUUUUAAUCCCUUGCAGAAAGUGAAAGCUCAGCCUUCCAAGACAAUUGCAAAUAUCUGUGCGCGCUGGGCAACUCCAGGGGUUUACAGGUCUCUCUCAUCAGCGCCACUCAAGGUCUUUGUAGCGCCGGACUUUGGACACAGGCACACCAGUCAGGUUGCAAGCAGAGGAGUCAGCAUGCAGGCGGAGGCGGGGCCAUCAGGAUCAGGUGAAACGGCUGAGCUUGCCAGCAAGAGAUGCAUCCCUUGUGAGGGGAAGAAUGUGAAAGCGCUCCAGAAGGAAGCCGCUGAGGAGCUUCUGCAAGAGGUGCCUGGAUGGGAGCUUCUCACCGAGGGGGAGUUCAAGCUAAGACGAGAAUGGAAGACGAAGAACUUCUUGAAGGGUCUUGAAUUCAUGGGGAAGAUUGGUGAAAUUGCAGAGCAAGAAGGCCACCACCCGGAUCUUCACCUGGUGGGAUGGAACAAGCUGAGCGUUGAGAUCAACACCCACUCCAUCGGUGGCCUUAGCGAGAACGAUUUCAUUCUGGCGGCUAAGAUCAGUCAAAUUGAUGCGGAGGGCUUCCUUCGCAAGAAAAAAGCAUCUUUAGCGUCAAAUUGAUCCUCCUCAGGCCUUCGAAGAGUCUAAGCACCGAGCAUCCCUUCGCUGUGCAGAACUGUAGAUAUUUGUACGCAAUAAGGUGAUUGCUUACGAACACGUUGUCGGAAUGAGCGCUCAAAGAGUAAACUUCAAUGUGCCCGAGCAUCCAAGUCCGCCUGUUCAAUGCAUGUCAACCCCCGCCGCCAUGCUCGCAACGACGGACGUGUAUAGACUUCAGUCGCGCGCCA